UUUAAUAAAAUAAUUUAUUAAUGUCCCUCCGCGUUAUAUAACACAUUUUAUCAGUUGCGAUGAAUUAUUUACCCAUAGAAAGCUCCAAAAUGUGAUUUUUUUUCCCGAGUGGCCCUAUAUUAACCAGGUGCUUAAGGUAUAUUUUGAAGGUAUUAAGGUAACCAUGCCUGGCACUAAAACGUCAAUAGAAUAGAUAUUCGUGAAAAUAUGUCAUAAUUGAAUAUAUUGCAUUACCAAAUUUUGGAGACCAAUGAACCAAUAUGCAUUCUACAACUUUGAGGGGCAUUUUCCCAGAGCCAAAAACUGUUUACAGGCGAAAUUUUAUUAAAGAAAAUGUCAAGUCGAUCAAGCAGAUGCAGGGUAUUCUUCAGGAAGCAGGGGCAAUCCAUUCUCGAAAAGACCCAUUGUUUGAAAAAUACAAGAGCGAAACCAAACCAGUUGCACCAAAAAUUAUUAAAUCAAAAGAAAGUGAUAUAAGUAAAAGUGUCAAACAGUUGGGCAAGUCUGACAGCAGUUCCCAAGGCCCUGAUAAGUUUGCGACUAAGGCGCGGAACACUUUUACCAUAAAAAAUCCUAUCAUGAAAACAAAAAUUAAAGCUCUUACAAAAAAAGAUACUCAAAACACCUCAGCACACAGCUCAGAUGACAGCAGAAUUACCCAUAGGGCCAUGCAAACUGAAAGAGAAGAAGAUAUUUCAAAAUUAUAUGACACUGGUGUAAUCAAGUACCCUAGCCCUGGACUAUUGAAGUCUCAUAGGGGAGGACAGGGAGAUCCCGUGAAUGAUAUUAUAAAAGAUCUGGACACAAUUUCGAUGGAGGAUAAAGAUUUCAUUAGGGAAAAUAAGAACAUUAAGCCGAAGACGGUGAAACAGAGCCCGGUGAAAGUUCUGGCGCAGGCACCUGCGAAUUACCAACGGGGGGUCGUGCCUAAAUACCUGCGCGACCGGAAGGACGAUGCCUCUUUGGGGGAACAGGACGCGGAGUGUCCUCCGGGGCAUGUGUUGCUGCCGGAGGAGGAGAGGAAGGAGACUCUGAGGGUGUUAAGGCAAAGCUAUGCCGAUCGAAUUCAGGAAUUGAACAUGAUGCCGGUGAGGAAUGAUACUUUAAAAAUGAGGAAACGAAAGAUGGAAAUCGAGGAGGAACUAAAACGGAUCGACGGAGGUAUAAAAGUGUUUCAACGGCCGAAGGUGUAUGUUAAAAUAAAUGCUUAAAUAUUUUUUCUAAGUUUGUUAGUAUUUAUUUGUGUGUAAUUGGGACCAGACAUAUAAGGAUUGUCAUGAUUUGUAAUUUAUUAUGACGUAUUACUGUUUUUAGUAUGAAGGUGUAAAUAUUAAAUUCUAGUCAUGUUUCAAAUUAAUUGUUAAUAAACUAUGAAUAUAGCAGGAUUAUCAUUUGUAA